CUUCCCCACUUUCUAAAUUUCAACUUCCGAUCCAAACCAAAACCCGGUUCACACUCAGCCCAUUCUCCCAACCCGGUUCGACCCGGUUCCCGUUCACCGGAAUGACCUCCGGCACGAGACUUCCGACAUGGAAGGAAAGAGAAAACAACAAACGGAGAGAACGCCGGCGAAGAGCAAUCGCGGCGAAGAUAUUCGCCGGACUUAGAAUGUACGGUAACUAUAAGCUACCGAAACACUGCGAUAAUAAUGAAGUGUUGAAAGCUUUGUGUAAAGAAGCUGGUUGGAUCGUUGAAGAAGAUGGAACUACUUACAAAAAGGGAUGCAAACCAGUAGGACAUGUGGAUAUUAUAGGUUAUUCAGCAUCUGUAAGCCCCUACUCGUCUUACCAACCGAGUCCAGGUGCUUCAUAUAAUCCAAGUCCUGCUUCAUCAUCUUUCCCUAGCCCAGUCUCAUCCAAUUAUGUUGAGAAUGCCCAAAAUAAUCAUGAUCCUAAUGCACUGAUUCCUUGGCUUAAGAAUCUCUCAUCCGGAUCAUCGCCUUCAUCAUCCAGAUUUCCUCACCAUUUGUACAUUCCCGGGAGCUCUAUAAGUGCGCCCGUUACUCCACCUUUGAGCUCUCCCACAGCUCGUACUCCUAGAAUGAGCGAUAUUCCUACAGCAAAUUCAACAUGGACACAACAACACUAUGCCUUCUUACCAUCAUCUACCCCAGCCAGUCCUGGUCGUCAAACACCACCAGAUUCUGGUUGGCUUUCUGGUGUUCAAACUCCACAAGACGGUCCUUCAUCUCCUACGUUUAGCCUUGUCUCACCAAAUCCAUUUGGAUUCACGGAGCCAAUAUCAAAUGGAGGGUCUCGGAUGUGGACACCAGGGCAAAGCGGCGCAUGUUCUCCUGCAAUCGCGUCAGGUAUCGACCAAACAGCUGAUGUACCAAUGUCAGAUGCUAUUUCAGCAGAGUUUGCAUUUGGUAGCCAUAUGAAAGGAUUAGUGAAGCCAUGGGAAGGGGAAAGAAUUCACGAGGAGUGCGCGACUGAUGAUCUCGAGCUUACCCUUGGGAACUCUAGCACUAGGUAACCUCUUCUUAUCCAAUGUUUGUCAUCAAUAUGUUUGCAACACACUUAUGCCAUCAACAAGGUAACGUUGGCCUAUGACGGUGGUGUCUGGGCCAACCUGCACGCACCUUGACUGGUCUCACUCGGUACCUUCUGCCUUCCACCAGCAUAGGAAUACCGGGUUACUCUGUCCACCACGGCCUGGACAGAUGAGAAGAAAUCACCUAGUGUCCUUUCGUGAUUUGAACUUGAGACCUCAUGGUUCAUGUCCCCCUUCAUUGACCACUAGGUCACAUCCUCGAGUUUGAUUAUCAUUUCUUUUCCUGAUUUUGCAGAUAGAGAAGUACAAGAAAAAACUACUUAUUCAUUAAUUUGAUCAUAAACAUAUCUUUGUGCAAAUUUGAAGUUUAACUUAUUAUGUUGAUUGUUAAAACCAGUUUAAAAUACACAGUAGAAACAAAUUAUACAUUUUCUUGUAGAUUGAAGUCUUUCUUUGGGGGGCACAUUUUCCCAUGAACUUUUCAUGUAUUUAUAGUGUACUACCCCAAUUUUUUACAUUCUUUUAAUUUCCCCCUUUAAAGAUUUGGAGUUUUUUUUUAGUUAUCUUUUAUAAUUGUUUGCAUGAUAUAGUAAUUAGCAUGCAGGAUUUGACUUA